GCCAAUCAGGGCGUCCCACGAAAACAGCAACAACUCCAAAAUUUUUGCCAGCAUUUACGUUUCAUUUAUCCCGGAAAAACAGCAUGAAUUACUGCCAUUGAGCGAGCCAAAGCAACGGAAAACAGGAAAAUGCAGGUGAUUAAGUACGUGGUGCUGGUGCAGCUGGCCCUGCUGCUCGUGGACGAGGCGCUGGCCGGCCGGGACUUCUACAAGAUUCUGAACGUCAAGCGCAAUGCCAACACGAACGAGAUCAAGAAGGCGUACCGCCGCCUGGCCAAGGAGCUGCAUCCGGACAAGAACAAGGACGACCCGGAGGCCUCGACCAAGUUCCAGGACCUGGGUGCCGCCUACGAAGUGCUGUCCAAUGCCGACAAGCGCAAGACCUACGAUCGCUGCGGCGAGGAGUGCCUGAAGAAGGAGGGCAUGAUGGACCAUGGCGGUGAUCCCUUCUCCAGCUUCUUUGGGGACUUUGGCUUCCACUUUGGCAACGGUGAUCCACACCAGCAGGACACACCACGCGGCGCGGACAUUGUGAUGAACAUGUUCGUGUCUUUGGAGGAGCUCUACUCGGGCAAUUUCGUGGAGAUUGUGCGCAACAAGCCUGUGAUGAAGCCCGCUUCGGGCACGCGCAAGUGCAACUGCCGCCAGGAGAUGGUAACCCGGAAUUUGGGUCCCGGCCGCUUCCAAAUGAUCCAGCAAACCGUGUGCGAUGAGUGCCCCAACGUCAAGCUGGUCAACGAGGAACGCACCCUCGAAAUCGAGGUGGAGCAGGGCAUGGUCGAUGGCCAGGAGACACGGUUUGUGGCCGAGGGUGAACCACACAUCGAUGGCGAGCCGGGCGAUCUCAUAGUGCGCGUCCAACAGAUGCCCCAUCCGCGAUUCCUUCGCAAGGAAGAUGAUCUUUAUACGAAUGUGACCAUUAGCCUGCAGGACGCCCUUGUGGGCUUCUCCAUGGAGAUUAAGCACUUGGACGGCCAUCUGGUGCCCAUUACGAGAGAGAAGAUUACGUGGCCGGGCGCUAGGAUCCGCAAGAAGGGCGAGGGAAUGCCCAACUUUGAGAACAACAACCUCACGGGCAAUCUGUACAUAACCUUUGAUGUGGAGUUCCCCAAGAAGGACUUGACGGAGGAGGACAAGGAAGCGCUCAAGAAAAUACUCGACCAAUCGUCCAUCAAUCGCAUCUACAAUGGACUGUGAAACUGCAACGCUCGCCGGCUGUACUCUAGUAUUUAAAAAUGCCUAGCUGGGGGCGGUUUCUAAAUGGAAACGCCCCCCAAAUUCAAGCAACGACUUUGUUCAAAAAAGUUGUUGCCAUAAAAAACAAAUUUAAUUUUAGUUUAGAACUUUGUAAAAUAGAAAAAAAAGGAGAAACAAGAAGAAAACUACUGGCGAUUCUUGGCUAACACAAAAGGAAUUGCAAAGACAAACAACCAACCAACACAAAACACACGAAAAUAAAACAGAUUUCAAUUAUAAACCA